AUGACAGGUGCUCUUCCCAUGGAGCUUGCUUCAAAGUCAGGACAGGUGCUCUACCAGCUAAGCUUGCUUCCAAGUCAAGACAGGUGCUCAGCUCUACUGGCUGAGCUUGCUUUCAAGUCAGGGCAGGAGCUCUACCGGCUGAGCUUGCUUUCAAGUCAGGACAGGUCAGGACAGGUGCUCUACUGGCUGAACUUGGUUCAAAGUCAGGACAGGUGCUCUACCCAUUGGGAUUGCUUCCAAGUCAGGACAGGUGCUCUACCGGCUGAGCUUGCUUUCAAGUCAGGACAGGUGCUCUACCAGCUGAGCUUGCUUCCAGGUCAGGACAGGGUGGGGCAGCCCCAUAAGGCUUUGGAGAUUUUGUUUCUGCAGAUAGAGACAUUUAUUGGGUUUAUCAAUGCCAACCCUUCCUCUGAUUCCCUAUUAUCUUCACCAUCCCCACAUUCUCAUCUGCCAACCCUCCCCCAUAUCAUAUCAUCUUCACCAUCCCCACAUCCCAUUCUGCCUUCCCUGCCCCCAUUCCCUAUCACCUUCACCAUCCCCACAUCCCAUUCUGCCUUCCCUGCCCCCAUUCCCUAUCACCUUCACCAUCCCCACAUCCCAUUCUGCCUUCCCUGCCCCCAUUCCCUAUCACCUUCACCAUCCACACAUCCCAUUCUGACUACCCUGCCCCCAUUCCCUAUCACCUUCACCAUCCCCACAUCCCAUUCUGCCUACCCUGCCCCCAUUCCCUAUCACCUUCACCAUCCCCACAUUCCAUUCUGCCUUCCCUGCCCCCAUUCCCUAUCACCUUCACCAUCCCCACAUCCCAUUCUGCCUUCCCUGCCCCCAUUCCCUAUCACCUUCACCAUCCCCACAUCCCAUUCUGCUUUCCUUGCCCCCAUUCCCUAUCACCUUCACCAUCCCCACAUCCCAUUCUGCCUACCCUCCCCCCAUUCCCUAUCACCUUCACCAUCCCCACAUCCCAUUCUGCCUUCCCUGCCCCCAUUCCCUAUCACCUUCACCAUCCCCACAUCCAAUUCUGUCUACCCUGCCCCCAUUCCCUAUCACCUUCACCAUCCCCACAUCCCAUUCUGCCUUCCCUGCCCCCAUUUCCUAUCACCUUCAUCAUCCCCACAUCCCAUUCUGCCUUCCCUGCCGCAAUUCCCUAUCACCUUCACCAUCCACACAUCCCAUUCUGCCUUCCCUGCCGCAAUUCCCUAUCACCUUCACCAUCCACACAUCCAUUCUGCCUUCCCUCCCCCCAUUCCCUAUCACCUUCACCAUCCACACAUCCCAUUCUGCCUUCCCUCCCCCCAUUCCCUAUCACCUUCAUCAUCCCCACAUCCCAUUCUGCCUUCCCUGCCGCAAUUCCCUAUCACCUUCACCAUCCCCACAUCCCAUUCUGCCUUCCCUGCCCCCAUUCCCUAUCGACUUCACCAUCCCCACAUCCCAUUCUGCCUUCCCUGCCCCCGUUCCCUAUCACCUUCACCAUCCCCACAUCCCAUUCUGCCUUCCCUGCCCCCAUUCCCUAUCACUUUCACCAUACCCACAUCCCAUUCCGCCAUCCUUCCCCCAUUCCCAAUCACCUUCAGCUAG